AUGUGCAUCCCGGCCAUAGAAGAUAUACAACACUUCCUCGGACACUUCACUGGACUAAUCUCUGACCUCAUCGCUUUCAGGUUCGCGAAAUGGGCUAAGGAAUACGGGCCCAUCUUCAGCCUGACAGUUGGACCUACGAAUAUUGUGGUACUUUGCGACCGCCGCGCAGCACACAAGCUACUAGUCGAGAAGGGCAAUAUCUAUUCGGAGAGACCCCACAACCAUGUCGCAGACCUCCUGAGCUCCGGGGAGCAAAUCUCCUUUGGCUCGCUGACACCGGCUUGGAGGGAGAAGAGGAAGAUCGUCUCGCAUAACUUCUCGCCGAAGCGACUUGACGAAGACCACUUCAAGGUCCAAGAGGCAGAGAAGACUGUCCUCAUGACGAAUCUAUUGCAUCAUCCGGAGACCUUUUAUCAAGAAAUACGCCGUUAUACAGCUUCUGUUGUCACAUCAAUCACCUUUGGCUACCGAGCGCCUACAUAUGAUUCCUUCUGGGGACGUACUGUAUACGAUUUCAUGGACGAGUGGACGGUUUGUUUAGAACCAGGUGUGAACCCACCGGUCGAUGAAUUCCCGAUUCUGCAAUACCUCCCGACCCCUCUAGCAGCGUGGAAGCGCCGAGCUCUGGCUGCGAGAGACCAUACUUACGAGUUCUUGAGCGAGGCCAGGGAUCGUGUCGAAAAGCGCCGUGCCAAGGGUGAGAAGCGAGACUGCAUUAUGGAUCGUCUCUUGGAUGAAUCCGAAAAGCAAGGACGUCCAGCAGCCCUGACUGAACGAGGGUUCAUCAAUGCCAUGGGAGAGGUUGUCGAGGGAGGGGCCGACACAACGGCUUCUCAGCUGUUGACACUGAUCUUGGCUCUCACCCUUUACCCAGAAGUCCAAGAGCGAGCCCGACGUGAGAUCGACGCGGUUUGUGGCACACAGAGGUCGCCACGCUGGGACGACUUCUCAAGCUUGCCCUAUAUCAACUGUAUCGUCAAGGAAGGAAUGCGGUGGAGGCCAAAGCAAGUGUGCCCUUCGAAUCACAGCUGUGUCCCAUAUAUUGCUAACCCGAGCGGUGGCCGUAGUACCCCAGUAGGAUUCCCUCAUAGGGUGACACAGGAUGAUGAAUAUGAAGGCAUGUUCAUUCCCAAGGACUCCAUAGUCUUUCUUCCGUCUUUGGUGAUCAAUUACGAUCAGGAUUUCUACAAAGACCCGGACUCUUUCAAGCCUGAGAGGUAUCUAUCUCAUCCAAAGCUAGCGAACGACUACGCUGGCAGUCCGGACUGGGCGAACCGGGAUCACUACAGCUACGGGAUUGGCCGACGCAUCUGUCCCGGCAUCCACUUGGCCGAGCGCAACCAGUGGCGCAUCGCUGCCAACUUGCUCUGGGCAUUUGAAUUCUCGGAGCCCGUCAACCCCGAGACGGGGGAGAUUGAGCAUCUAGACCCGGAAGCAUACACCCCCGGGCUUUUGCAGACGCCGUUGCCUUUCAAAGUCCAGAUCAAGGUCCGCUCUCAAGCGCAUGCAGAGACUAUUCAACGAGAAUAUGCCGAGGCAUUGGACUUUAUGAAGCAGUAUGAGUAG